CUCCAGCAAUUAGGGCUUUGGUUUUCGAACUUUUUCCCGCAGAGAGUAAGAUUUUGCAUUCAGUCAAAUUCUCUGCCUAAUUUCUCUCCCCGAUUUCGUCAAUGGCAAAUCCAACAGGGCGGUCGUUUUUGCAAGUGGCAGCUACAGAGGAGGCUGUGGCGCCGCCACUCAGGGUUGUUCAGAUUGAAGGACUGGUUAUUUUGAAAAUAAUAAAGCACUGCCAGGAGUUUUCACCAGCUUUAGUCACUGGGCAACUUCUUGGAUUGGAUGUUGGGAGCGUUCUUGAAGUCACUAACUGUUUUCCCUUUCCGGUUCGUGAGGAAGAUGAGGAGAUAGAAGCUGAGGGUGCUAAUUAUCAGCUUGAGAUGAUGAGAUGCCUGAGGGAGGUUAAUGUUGACAACAACACCGUUGGUUGGUAUCAAUCAACUUUAUUUGGUUCUUUCCAGACUGUGGAACUGAUAGAGACCUUCAUGAAUUACCAGGAGAAUAUAAAACGUUGUGUCUGCAUAAUCUAUGAUCCUUCAAGAUCCAACCAAGGUGUCUUAGCUUUGAAAGCCUUGAAGCUUUCGGACUCUUUCAUGGAACUCUACAAGAGUAACAAUUUUACUGGAGAAAAGUUGAGAGAAAAGAAUCUUUCAUGGGUUGACAUCUUUGAAGAGAUACCAAUAAAAGUUUCAAAUUCUGCACUCAUUAGCGCCUUUAUGACUGAACUUGAGCCUGAUACACCUGUAACUCAGUGUGAUUAUGAACGGCUACAAUUGUCAACCAAUCCAUAUUUGGAGAGGAAUGUGGAAUUUUUGAUUGAAUGCAUGGAUGACUUGUCAAUGGAACAGCAGAAGUUCCAAUUCUAUUACCGGAAUCUUUCUCGUCAACAAGCUCAGCAGCAAGCUUGGCUUCAAAAGAGGAGGUCUGAUAACAAUGCACGCAAAGCUGCAGGAGAAGAACCUCUGCCAGAGGAGGACCCCUCUAAUCCCAUCUUUAAGCCACUUCCAGAGCCCUCACGGUUGGAUAGCUUUCUCAUAACUAAUCAAAUAGCAAACUACUGCAACCAGAUUAAUGGUGUUGCGGGACAAAGCUUCAGUAGACUAUAUCUGAUGAAGGCUCUGCACGAGAACUGAGGAAGUUUUGAGUGGGCAAUUUGUAACUUAAAAAGUUUUGUGCCGUGAUUUUCUCAAACUGAGUUGACAUGGAAAGAGAAUGGUCUUUCCUGUGUAGGAUCUGUUCUUUCUUUAGCUUAUUACUUUCAGAUUUUUUGUCAUGAACAAUCAGGUGUAGCCUAUAAACCGAUUAAAUGAAAUUGAAGGCGAAUAUCUUACGAUCUUGUAGUCGGACUUAUAAAUGUGAACAACUACAUUUAGUAUGUAAAGGAGUGAGGAUCUCUGAGUCGAUAACUUUAUUGUUUUUAGAUCA